UGGGUGACGGGCGCCUUCGCCUCCGCCUCUUCCUCAGCGGGCGGCUCUCGGUUGGCGGCGGCUGCGGCUGCUGCGGGGAGGGAGCCCGGAGCGAAGGGAUGUGGGGCUUUGGGGGAGGCAGGAUCUUCGGGAUCUUCUCCGCUCCAGUCCUGGUGGCUGUGGUCUGCUGCGCCCAGAGCGUGAACGAUCCUGGGAACAUGUCCUUCGUGAAAGAAACUGUGGAUAAAUUGUUGAAAGGCUACGACAUUCGCCUUCGGCCGGAUUUCGGAGGACCUCCUGUGUGCGUUGGGAUGAACAUAGACAUUGCCAGUAUCGACAUGGUUUCUGAAGUCAACAUGGAUUAUACCUUAACAAUGUAUUUUCAACAAUAUUGGAGAGAUAAGAGACUAGCCUAUGCUGGGAUACCUCUCAACCUUACGCUUGAUAAUCGAGUGGCAGAUCAACUCUGGGUGCCCGACACUUACUUUUUAAAUGACAAGAAGUCAUUUGUGCAUGGAGUUACAGUGAAAAAUCGAAUGAUUCGCCUUCAUCCAGAUGGAACAGUGCUGUAUGGCCUCAGAAUCACAACUACUGCAGCUUGUAUGAUGGACCUGAGAAGAUACCCAUUAGAUGAACAAAACUGUACUCUGGAAAUAGAGAGCUAUGGUUAUACAACAGAUGACAUAGAGUUUUACUGGAGAGGUGGAGAUAAUGCAGUCACAGGCGUAGAGAGGAUCGAGCUUCCACAGUUCUCCAUUGUGGAAUACAGACUGGUGUCAAAGAAUGUUGUCUUCGCCACAGGUGCGUAUCCAAGACUCUCACUGAGCUUUAAGUUAAAGAGAAAUAUUGGAUACUUUAUUCUUCAGACCUACAUGCCCUCUAUACUGAUUACCAUUUUAUCAUGGGUGUCAUUCUGGAUCAAUUAUGAUGCAUCAGCAGCAAGAGUUGCCCUUGGAAUUACAACUGUGCUGACUAUGACAACAAUCAACACUCAUCUUCGAGAGACUUUGCCUAAAAUUCCCUAUGUUAAAGCCAUUGACAUGUAUCUUAUGGGCUGCUUUGUAUUUGUCUUCUUGGCCUUACUUGAAUACGCCUUUGUCAAUUACAUCUUCUUUGGAAAAGGACCUCAAAGGCAGAAGAAACUUGCAGAAAAGACAGCCAAGGCAAACACUGACCGCUCAAAAUUUGAAGGCAACCGGGUGGAUGCCCAUGGAAACAUUUUGCUAACAUCUCUUGAAAUUCACAAUGAAGUGGCAAGCCAUGAGGUUACAACCAGCAUUACUGAUGCUAGGAAUUCAACAAUAUCCUUUGACAACUCAGGAAUCCAGUACAGAAAACAAAGCGCGCAUCGGGAAAGCUUUGGAAGGCGUACAAUGGACAGAACAGUGCCCCACAGCAAGAAGAGCCAUUUACGGAGGAGGUCUUCACAGCUAAAAAUAAAAAUCCCUGAUCUAACGGAUGUGAAUGCCGUAGACAGAUGGUCGCGGGUGGUGUUUCCAUUCACAUUUUCUCUUUUCAACUUAAUUUAUUGGUUAUAUUAUGUUAACUGAGUGACUGUACUUUUCUAAAAGACUUCAAUAAUAAUACAUGAGAUAUUGCUCUGCCUGUCAAGUUUAUAUAUAUAUAUAUGUAUAAUAUGAACUUUUAUUAUAUAUAAAAUACACAUGUAUGUGUGUAUACGUAUAUUGUGGAAGUAUGUGUAUAUAUAGACACUUGCACAGAAGUGUACUCUAUAUAUACAUACACGCACACACAUAUACAUAUUCUGAGGUUAUGGACAAUUCAAUAUAGAAUGCACAUCAAAAGAACUUUUUUAAAUUGAAAGACAGGUGUCCUCAAAACAGUAAGCCUUGAGAAAAUUGAGUAUUGUAUAAUCUCACUUGGACUGUCACAGAAAUUUUUAAACAGUUGUAAUCAUAUAUCAAGUCAGUAUUCGUAAACAUUGAUUGUAAAAGCUGACAUACAUGUUGAACAUAAACCGACACCUUUCCAUUGGUAAGUUUAAAAUGUCAUUUGUAUUGCAUAUCAAUGUUACUUCUAUCAAGCCAAAUUCAUUUUCCUUUGCUAACAGUUCUAGUUUUUAUAUGUUUUAAUAGAUUUUUUUCCUGUCCAUUUUCCGGUAAUCGCUUGCUUUCUCUUCUGCAGUAAGUAAGCCUAAUCAUAGGAUGAGUGUUGCUUUAGUGUUUUGGAGAAAUUCAUAAUGUUUCCAAACAUCCAUCUUAAAUACCCAUCAGCAAUGAAAGGAAUUUUUUGUAAGUACUAAAAUGUACUGUGCAAUUUUUUCACUUGGACUGGUUCCAGCUAAUAUGUCAUUCUGAAAAACAAGCACAUUUUUAGUGUAAUUUAGCUAAGAAUUCAAUCACUGCCAAUGUGUUCUGCAUCUGCUAUAGAUUUUAAAGGUCAUUAUUCUAGUGAAAGCAUAAAGACAUCUCAGGUUAUUUGCUAAUUCAGCAUGAAACCAUCAAGCUAUAUUCUUUAUUAAACAUGCAUUCACAUGAUCAAACAUUCUUAUAACAUUGUAUGUUAAUGUAAAAUAUAUUUGCAUAAUAUGCAUAUAUAUGUAUAUUUUAUCAAGAUUUUUCUUUUUGUGCUUGCUAUUGUGACUGCAUGCUGUGUCAUAUUUUUGUUUCUGUGAUGUUACAACUUUUUAUUAUCUAGACUUAAGCAAAUAGAGCAUUUCUAAUAUUUCAAUAACAGCAUUUUCAUAUUUUAUUUUGUACAUAUAGCAUAUACACGUAAAUUCAUAUAGCUAGUAUGUUCCAAUCACAGAUCAUACCAUAAAUGAUAGCAAACAAUAGGUCUUGUUUCAACAUUAAACAGGUUCAGGCAUUUUCUUUAUACAAAUGUGGCCACUUUUGUUUUCAUUCCAAUUCAUUCCUUCAUCAGUAUCCAGACUUUUUCACUCUUGUAGGUUCUAGUAGUAAAGAUACACCAGUUUCGGAGCUGUAAACUUAAUUUACUAUUUAACAGAACUAGAUCUUUCUAAGGAAAAAAUAAUAUAUUUUUUGUAAACACUGUUUUUAUCACGUACAUCCAUAAAUAGAACCAAGUACAGUAGUAGACAUAGAUCGAAAAAAGAAGUUAAGGGCUGGGUCCUGCUAGCUCUCUGCAUACAGAAUUCCUAUUGAUGUAAUAGGGACUUGGCAGGUGUUGUUUCUAGUUUGGAGUGCUACUGACAGGCAUUAGUGGAGAGAAAAUGGGUGGAUAUGCAACUGCCAAGUAAGCAAGAUAAGAUGAACCUAAAAAGUCUGCCUUUGAUCUAAAAUAUCCUGUUUUCAAAAUAUCUGACUUGUUUGUAAGUACAAGUAAGUGAUAUUUAUGCUGCUGCAGUGUAAGUUCUUCAUUCCCAUUUUAAUCUAUUCCAAGGUACAUAAUUCUUCUGUAAAACUUAGUUCUGAGCUGAAGCUCAACAUACAAACUCAGGCUGCAAGAUCUGAGUCAAAGUCUGAUUCUUGGGCAGAUCAGUUUGCAAUAAUAUGCUCUCCCAUACAAGUAGGUUGUGGCAAAGCUGCGAUUUAAUCCUCAGUUGCUACUCACAUGAGUAAAUUUAGACACAUGCACAAGAGAUUCUGGGAUCAGGGCCUUAGUGCUCAUACAUAUUUGGUUACAGUGGGUUUAGACAGAGUGCCUGUUCCUGUCGUAUUUAAACACAGAUAAGCUUUGUCAACCACAUAGGUUGAAGAGCUUCAAAGCCAAAAAAAUCUAAUUUUUAAAAAUUCCCCAAUACAAAUUUGCAUUCUGGAGCAUGACAUAUUUUGAGCUUUCUAAUAACUCAUACAUUUGCAAAUUGACAAUUAAAGAGAAUAUUUGCAACACUGGCAUCAUUAGAAACAUUUAAACAAUUUCGAAACUAAAAGUACACAUUUAAAAGGGAUUUUUAAUCCUAAAACUACAUUUAUGUGAACAUUCUGAUUAACAAAAACAAAAAUAAAAACCAAUUUAUAACUUUCCAUAACUUUUUUUAGAAAAAAUUAUACCUCUAAACCUAUCUUUGAGCAAGCCUUACUAGUAAUGCUCUGCACAGGUGUGUUGAAUAACUGGGUAAAAAUCCUUCUUCUCUGGGCCAAGAUAUGCAAGAUGUUGAACACAAUACUGCCAAAUCUCACUGUAUAUUUACUUAAAACCCCAGGUCCUGGAGUCAUGUGAUCAUGCAAGACUCAGCUUUCAUUUAAAGAAACAUACUAAGUUUGUAGCUCUCGUGAUUGUAGGAAAAUACUUUAAAAUUUGACACCUACAGGCUCAAAAUACAGAAGACAAAUAAAAAGAAUUCCAAAUUAUUAUUGUUUAAAAUCUCAUGAAUUGUAGGUCAAUUUGUAAGCCAUUUUGAGGGGGGCCUGACUACAAUUUUUGAACACAUGCGACUUGCAUCUCUGGGAGGUGUAAGCUCCUCAACUCUCACUGAAGUUAAUGGCAGUUGAGAUUGGUCAGACCCUCAUUUGAUCAUCCUGUUGCUUCCAGGCAAGCAAGCGAGGCCUUCCAUUGGUUAACAACAACCCUUCUAGUCAUUUAGGGCCCAACAGACAUCCAUUGAAGUCAAUGGUGGGCUUUUAACUGACAUCAAUUUAAUCUGACAUCAGUCUGAUUAAGCUCUUGGAGCUAGAUUGUAACCUGAGAAUCUGCUGUGAGGCAGAGGCGGUGCAUAUCUAUGCAAAUCCAGGAACAGACUAGAGAACAAUUUGGGUCUCAGAGAAUCACAAUUCACUUACUCCCCUGCUUCCUCCUUACUCGGUUGUGGGGAGAGUAAGUUAGGCACCCCUUUUUGUGAAGCAGUUUAUUCCUCCAUCUAUUUAAAAUAUAUAAGUGAAUAUUUUAAGUGCUCCACAGGAUUUUGUCUGCAUGAGUCUAACUGAAUUCCACGGGGGACACACAUUUCAAACCUUGAAACCUUAGGCCAAUCUGAUAAAGGCCAGGAAACUCUAAAUUAAGGCUAACACUCCAUCCUGACACCUUUGUGCCUUUUGUCCAUCUUCCCUCAUCUCCAGCCUCACCCCUCACAGGCACGCGCACACACAUCCCAUGCACACACCCCUCAGACACACACCACAUGUUAAGAACAGUGUUUGUCUUAACUUUAAAUUUUCUGGCUUGUGUGAGUGUCUUCCAGAAUGUUAUUUAACUAUAGGUGAUUUUAAACUGUUAAACUGUUAAAUUAUUCUAACCGAGCUACACCAGAGUAAUGUAUUUGGUAGCCAGUUAACCCUUUUCUAAUUCACAGUGUAACCAAACAGUCAUUUCCUCAUCAUUCAUUCAAUAAAGGCAUAGAGGAAACUAGGAUUAUCCUGUGUCAUAGCCUAAAGGUUCAAUAAGUAGAAAUAUUAUGGUGGUUUAUUUUAAGUUGAUUUCAUCCCAUUGUCAAAGUAAACUAAAACCCAGUCUUUUGUGCUUAGGGCACAUUUAUGUGUUUUUGGUAUUUUUCAGUCAUGGAAAAAACUAGAACAGCGAAAACUGAAUGAUGAUGAGAUGCUAUAUGAACAUGUUGAUGAAUGAAUACUCAGUCAUUAAAAAGGGACGUAAAGAUUAAUCACUUCUCUUUUACUUGGUGGGGAAUAAAGUAUAUUUGGUGAAUUUAUGUUUAUUCUGAUUUUACAAGUCUCUGAUGUUUAGUCAGAUAUUUUUAAAAUAAAAGUUGAGCAGAAAAUGAUUUCCCCAGUUGACAUGAAAGUAAAAAUAAAUGCUUCUUCAUUUGGAAUCAACCAUACCCUCAAGUGUUUUCUACAGCAUAAUGAGAGCAAUGUAAAGUUACAUCCACUUUAACUUCAAGAAAUACUUUGUGGCAUACCCAGGCUUGAGAAGGAAGGGCAUAGUCUGGUGCAAGCCAUCUUCACUUCCUGUUGAAGACUGCAUGAUCUUCCUCCACUUCAUGUGUAGCUUCUAUCAGGAAGCAAAAGAGAA